UUCGACCUGUGAAAUUAUUAUUUGCUGAAGUUCUACCUAAUCAUGCUCCUGAAAGUGAACAAGAAAUUUGGAAUUUCACCAGAAAACUUGUCCGUGCAAUUACAAGUUCCGAGGAUUCGAAAGCUGAGCAAGAUCAGUUGGAAUUGCAGAAUCAAGAAUGUUCGCCGGCCAUGGUGGUAGUGGUUGUGUGAAAUUGAAAAAUUGUGUCUAAUACUGGAACUCCAAAUUCAUUCAAAUGUUACACGUGUAUGAGAAUACCCGGCCAUCUUCACACGUGCGAUAAUAGCUCAAACUCUUGUUAAAGUGGCAUUAGCGUGCACUUAAGAAUCUCCGCUCAAACUGAAGGAUCUAUUCUUCCUCACCAACUCAGAGUUUCGUUUUAGCUUAAUGCUCAGGUCUGGUUUUAUUUAUUAAUCAUUUGCUUUUGGCCGUCGCAGAUUAGUGCUAAGCAUUAAACCCACAAAUCCCAAUAAACAACGAACCAAAAUGAUUAGCCUUUCAUCACCACAGAGCUUGUGUUUCUUGAAAACGAAAAGAAGCAAAACCCAUCACAGUAGAACCCAAAAACCCGUAAAAAUCACUUCCACCCACCAACUGUUCGACGAAAAUCCUCUAAGUCUAAGAAAUACAUUUUCUUGGAACAAUCAAAUCCAAACCUACCUCACCAACAAACAACCCCACAUUGCUCUCUCUAUUUAUCAUCAAAUGCUCCUCCGUGGCGUUCCUCCUGACAACCACACGCUCCCUCGAGUUCUAACCGCCUCUCGUUGCUCUGGUAACUUGAAUUUUGGCAAACAAGUCCAUGCUCAUGUUUUUAAAUUUGGGUUUUCUAAUAACCUUUAUGUUAUUACUGCUUUGAUUGAUUUUUAUGGUCGGCUUGAAAGCGUUGAUUCUGCCGAAUGGGUUUUUGAUAAGUCCGUUAAUAGCGGGUUUAAUUCGGUUUCUUGGACAAUGUUAGCUAGGUUGCACUUGAUGCAAAACAAACCCGAUUUGGCUGUUGAAUUGUUUCAUAGAAUGGUGAAGUUAGGUGCUGAGGUGGAUCAUGUUGCAUUGGCGACUGCCAUUAGGGCUUGUGGUUUGUUGAAAUCAAUUCAGGAAGGAACAAAAGCUCAUGAGGUUGCCAGGAAAUGUGGGUUGGAGUUUGAUGUAUUGGUGAGUAAUUCAUUGUUGAAAAUGUAUAUUGAUUGUGGUAGUACUAAAGAUGCACGUGCAAUUUUUUUUAAAAUGCCGGCUAAAGAUGUCAUUUCAUGGACGGAAAUGAUUGGUGCUUGUGUGAAAAACGGAGAAUUUAAUGAUGGCUUGAAAUUGCUUCGGCUGAUGGUUAAAGAUGGAAUAAAACCUGAUUCACUGUCAUUUUCUAGUACUCUUCCAGCUUGUGCAAGAAUGGCUGCGCAUAAGCUUGGUAAAGCGAUUCAUGGUUACUUGCUUAGACACGGGAUUGAGUUUAAUAUCAUGGUCCAGAACGCUAUCAUGGACAUGUAUGUCAAAUCAGGUUAUGUUCAAUAUGCGUCGAAUUUAUUUAUGGGGAUGAAGGAGAGAGAUGUUAUAUCUUGGACUGUGAUGAUAUUUGGUUAUAGCUUACAUGGACAAGGAGAGGUAGGGCUAAAUUUGUUUCGUGAAAUGGAGAAAGAUUUGAGCAGUGAAAUUGAUCAGUUCACUUAUGUUGCUGUUCUUCAUGCCUGUAAUACUGCAUGCUUGGUUGAGGAAGGAUGGUUUUACUUUAACCGCAUAAAGGCACCUAAGGUCACACACUGUGCUCUGAUGGUUGCUAUUCUUGUACGUGCUGGACUCUUUGAUGAAGCAAGGACUUUUAUCAAGGAAAGUCAGAUUGAAAGGUAUCCAGAGGUGCUGAGAGCAUUGCUGGAUGGGUGUCGAAUCCACAAGGAAGUGAAGAUAGGUAAAAGGGUCAUUGAGCAGCUUUGUGAGUUGGAACCUCUUAAUGCUGAGAACUAUGUGGUUCUAUCAAAUUGGUACGCUAACUGUGCAAAAUGGGACAUGGUUGAUAAAGUGAGAGAGACAAUUGGAGAUAUGGGAUUGAAGCCUAGGAAAGCUUAUAGUUGGGUAGAGUUCCGAAACAAAAUUCAUUUAUUUGGUACCGGUGAUGUAUCCCACCCAAGAUCAGAGGGAAUACGCUUAGAGUUACAGCGGUUGAUGAAGAAAUUGGAAGAUGAAGGACAUAGGCCCAAUCCUGAUUUUAGCCUCCAUGAUGUAGAUGAAGAACGUGAGAGCAUUCAAAUUGGACAUAGCGAAAUGUUGGCACUGUCUUUUGGUCUCAUUAGUACACAGGCAGGGGCAACUGUACGCAUUACUAAAAACCUUCGAAUGUGUCACAGUUGCCAUGAUUUUUCAAAGUUAGUAUCUAAGACAGUGGGGCGGGAAAUUAUAAUAAAGGACCAGAGUUGUUUCCACCAUUUUAAAGGUGGACAUUGUUCAUGUGGGAAUUUUUGGUAGCUCAGUAUUUAGUCACUCGUGUCACAGGGUUUACAAUGUGGUUUGACAUCUGAUAUUCCAGUUAGGCUUUAUGAUAGAAAGAUGCUUGAGUUUUAUGUAAACGGUUUUCAAAUUCACAGUUUUUUAGUGAAUUUUUCAAGGACUAACAUGGAUUAUUUGGUC